AGUGGGCGGGGCCUCGCGUUGCUCAAUAUGGCUGCGCCCUGCUCGGAUCAACAGGUCUGAAGGUGUCCAUGAUGUCCAGGGAGCAGGUGAGUAUCAGUGAGCUCCUGCUCUCAUUGGACAGCUCUGAGCUGCAGGAGGCGGAGCUAGUCAGAGCCGCAGUCAACCAGCAGCUGAGUACAGACAGAGGAGGCGCCGUCCUCUCCGCUCUGGUGGAGUAUUACCUGGACUCCUCGUCCUCUCAGGCGGUUCUCCUCCUGUCCUCCAUCAGAGAGCCUCACCACAAGGCCCUGCUGGAGAAGCUCAAUGAGUCUCUGAGCAGACCUGGAACCAGACUGGCUGGUGUGACCCUGCUGGGCCACCUGAUCAGGAAGCAGCCUCCGUGGGUUCAUCACAUCAGCCGCUCGGCUCUGCUGCCGUCACUGCUGCGCUGCCUCAAGACCGACACUGACGUCGUCGUGCUGAUCACCGGAGUCCUCGUCCUCAUCACUCUGUUACCCAUGAUCCCUCAGGCCGGGAAACAACACAUCUACGACUUCUUCGACGUGUUCGGACGACUCGCUUCCUGGAGCUACAAAAACCCUGGUCAUGUCCCUGUGGUCCACCUGGUCCACCUCCAUGCAGGUGUGUACUCUCUGUUCCACCGUCUGUAUGGGAUGUUCCCUUGUAACUUCAUCUCCUACCUGAGACUGCACUACAGCAUGAAGGAGAACCUGGACACCUUCCAGGAGGUUGUAAAGCCGAUGCUGGAACACGUCAGGGUUCAUCCAGAGUUGGUCACGGGGACUCAGGACUAUGAACUGGACCCGUCCAGGUGGAGGCGUUACGAGGUCCAUGACAUCGUGAUCGAGUGCUCCAGAGUGUCUCUGGAUCCUCUGGAGUCGUCCUGUGAGGAGGACAUCUACUCCUCCCUCAAAGACCCUCCCCCGUCCUCACCCUCACCCAGACCUCCACCACUCUCCUCCCCCUUCCCUCACCUGAACCUCACCUCAGACACUGUCGGCAGUUCAGGAAGUUCAGUCUGUUCUCCGCUGCCUGGACGUCCCUCUCUCACUCAGCUGACACUCAGCAGCUCCUACAUACAGGCUGAUGAUGUCACAUGGAGCCCCUCCUCACAGUGUGGUUUGUCGACGCCCCCUCCUGAACCUGCUGCUACAGGCUCCGCCCACCCACUGAGCAGGACCACCUCCAUCUCAAGUGUGAGAUCAUCAGCCCCCGUCCCGGUGACGCCGUUGACAGAAGAUGGCGCUCUGACUCCUGACUCCGGCCACCAGGUGAAGCCUUUCACAGAGCUGGAGGGGUCAUCCUGUCAGCCAAUCACAGAGAAGGAGGGGACAGGCCAGAGUGAUGUCAUCAACACCAGCAGUGAAGGGGUCAGAUCUCCUCCUCCCUCCCCUCCCUCCUCCUCUCAGCCCGCCCUCCUCACCUCCACCCCCGGCCGUGACGAGGCCUUCUCUGGUUCAGCCCUCCCCCCUCCUCCCUGCUCUAUAUCACUCUGCUUCACCCCCCCUCACCCCUCAACAGUGGAGGGAGGCCCCACCCACAGCGAGCAGAGCCCCACCCCUCCAUACGAGCUCCUGUUUGAGCUCGCUCUGCCCCGAGCCGCCACGCUGUUCAUCGGGAAGAAGACGCAGGAGGCGCUGGAGAGAGCAGCGGGAGAGCAGAAGGAGGGAGGAGGAGGAGGAGGAGAGGGGGAGGACAGGGAGGAACAGCAGGCCUCCGUCUCUCCUCUGGAGGUUUUGGACCAGCUGAUUGUCCACGGACACGACGCCCACGAAGGCCUCAGCAGGAGGUUGUCAGCAGUCAGUAAGUCGGUGGAUCGGAGUCAUUGUGGAGGUAAACAGCAGAGCAUGAAAACCAAAGGCCCCGCCCAGGGGGAGGAGCUUCAGUCUCUGAGGAGUCAGCUGUUGCUGGUCCACAGUCAGCUGCAGUACGAACGCUUCAAACGCCAACAGCACGCCAUCAGAAACCGCCGUCUGCUGCGGAGAGUCAUCAACGCCACCGCGCUGGAGGAGCACAGCGUCGCCAUGAAGGGUCAGCUGAGCGUUCAGGACGAAGAGAUUCGGUCUCUGAAGUUGAGUCUGGAGGAAGAACAGAGACGAUACACACAGCUGCAGCAGGACACGCACACACACACCGAGCAGCUGCACACACACAUCCAACAGCUGCUGCUGAGACAGCAAGACGGGCAGAGAGACAGCCAGAGACUGCAGAGCGAGCUUCAGGAGUGUCAGAGCAGGUUGAGGGAUCUGGAGGCGGAGCUUCAGAAAGCCAAUAACAAGGCUUACAAUGCAGAACACCAGCUGACCCAGCUGUCACUCAAGCUGUGCAGCAGUGAGCAGCUGCAGCAGCAGAUCUUCCUCCUGAACCAACAACUCAUCCUCCUGAGAGAGACUAACAGAGGACUGACAGAGCAACUGGAGAGAGGACAGACACACUGCUGCACGGAGGCGUCCAUGCUGCAGUGCACUGUGGGUAAAGACUACCAGCGGCUGAAGGACAGUGACGUCCAGCAGAGACAGAAGCUGGAAGCAGCCAAUCACAGGAUAGCAGAGCUGGAGACCCAGCUGGCCAAGAAAGACCAGCUGAUCCUGGAUCAGAAGAAAGUCCUGGAGGACACAAAGGCCCAGAGCAGAGCCGAGCUGUCGGCCUGUGAGAGUCGCUGUGUCGCUCUCCGGAGACUCACCCAGACUCUGCAGACCGAGAUGCUUCACCUGUACAGUCAGAUCCACCUGGAGACGCACGGCGACGCCUGCAGCCGGCCUCAGGACAGCAGCAGGCCAAACGGCGGCAGCGUGGCUUUACUAGCUCCUCAGCCCCGCCCCUCCUCCUCUUCCGUUGGUAUAAUAAACGGAGGUGUGGAGGCCCUCUCCACCUCCCCGCUGCACCUCCCCUCCUGCUCCUCCUCCCCACUCUCCCUCUCCCCCAUCGACUCCCCCCUGGCCGUCGGCUCCUUCCUGGAGCAGCGUGCGCGGCAGCUGUUCAGACCGACCAGUCACAGCCAGGAGGAGGAGGAGGAGGAGCAGCAGGAGGAGGAGGAAGAGGAGGAAGAGGAGGAAGAGGAGGAGGAGGCCCAGCCAGAGAGCCCUCCUGUGGCUCAGGAGGCAGAGGAGGUCACCCUCCUCGCAGGGAGUCCUCAGUUGGAGCCUCCGAGCCGGGCUUCAGCUCACAGCCUCCCGCCCUCUGGACCUCCAGCGCCUCCUGCAGACCUGACCCUCGCCGUCCGCCAGAGGAGACACGAACUGAGCAUCAUGGACUACGAUGAGACGCUGCCGGAGUACUGACGGAGGAGUGGACGGGGGAGGAGGGAGGCGUAGAGAGAUGUUGAGAUCAGGCAGCAGGUGUUAACAGGCUACCGUUAGCCACGCUAACAGUCCACAAUCAGCAUCGGGACCUUCAGUCGCCAUCAAACAGAACAAAUACACAGCAGCACACAACCAGACACUGCUACUGAUGAGCUAACUGCUAACUGCUAACUUUCAUUUUACAGAUUCAAUCUUUCAUUUAGAACAAAGCGAGAUUUAUGGAUGACAACAAUAACAAUAACAACUGUGGUGAGUUACGCUAAAAUUAGCUUAUAAGCUAACCCAGUAAAUUUAUCUGUUUUAUUUAAUUCACCACGUUCUCAAAUGUGUUGCUAAAGAGCUAAUGUAAGUUAGCAAGUUAUUAUACGCUGGCUCAACAAAACACAAGCUAAUAUUAUUAGCUUCAUAUUACAGCCGCCAGAAAGAGCUACGGACUCCGUCGCUCCUCCAGGAGUUUCAUAAGCUGCUUUAUUCCCCACAUUCAGAAAUGUGUUGCUAAUGUUAGCUAACAGGCUAAUGAUAGUAGCUUAAUAUUACUGGAGCCAGAAAACUGAAAGGAGUCCGAUAGAUAGUCUCUGAUAGAGACGUGUAACAAUAUUAAACAAUAAGUUCUUAUUACAUUAUUAAAAACAAAUAAAGACGUCAGAGCAGCUCAACAAUCUAGAAUUGAAUGAACUCAUUAAAUUUACUCGAGUAUUUAAUGUCACAGCACCAAGAUAGAAACACUUUACAGCUGUCACAGGAGCAUAGCUUACGUUGGCUUGUUAGCUAACUAGCAAGCAAAAUUUGGGGGAAUAAUAAUUCAGAUUUUUCCUCAUAAAACAGAGUUUUCAUGUGAAUUAACGUCUUUUUAUUUUCUCGUUAGCUGCUGUGCUGAAAGGAAAUGAGUUCUCACGGCGACUGAAGGUCCUGACUUUAAAGAUUUAUAGAUAUUUGGGUUUUUGUCUGCAGGGACAGAAACUGCUUAUUAAAGCCAAAAAUAAGGGAAGAAAAAUGGAGGAAAUUCAGUUUUUUAGUGUUAAUGAAUUUUACAAAGAAGCUAACAGCAGCAGCUAUUAAUGCUACGUUAGCUGUGACUUAAAACUGCCUUACUGUUGCCCAGUUACGGGUUUUUUUCUGCAGUUAGCCAUGUCGCAUAUUUUUCAAACACACCUUCAUCAAAACACUAAAUGAGAUCUGACUUCUGCAAUAAACCUUCCUCAGGAAAUGAACUGACAACGAGUAACACAAGAUCUGACAUCACCUUAUGAAGUGGCUAACACGUUAGCAGACCGCUGCUUACUUCCACAUCCAGCAGAGCAACACGAUCAUCACACUAAUUGGUCGUGGGGUUCCUCAGGGUUCUGUUCUUGGUCCUUUAUAGUUUCACUUUACAUGCUAACAUGCCAAUUGAUUUGUCAAUCAAGCAUUCAGAUCCCACUGAUCUCCCUCCUUGUACACUUUAUGAACUGUUGAACUGUUGAUUGGUGACGAUGCUAAGAUCGGUGUGAUGAUAUAAAAGCCUUAAUGAGGGCGAUGAUACGCUGGUGUAACAGGUUUCUCUCCUGUAAUCUUCUGACAUGGAGACAGACAGACGUUUGUAUUUUUACUCAGAUCAGGACGACCGUCAGCCUUAGCCGUGUUAGCAUUGAAUCAUUAGCGUGUGUGUAAGCUGACAUAAGUGAUCCUUGAAAGAUAUCUCCUCAGGUUCACAGCUCAGGAUCCCAGAAUCAGGGAGAAGAUGAGUUCAAUUUCUGUCUCUGUUUGACGAGAGGAGUCCAGGACGUGUUGAGGUUGUAGUUUAUUUACAGUCAGUAGUUCCUCACUGUGAACCAGCACUGAGUAUAAAGUUUAAUGUUAGAAAUGUUCUGCAGCUGUUACACUGACUGAUGCUAACCUGCAUAUGUUGGACUGUUAGCAUCAUUAGCAUUAAUCAUCGGCUGAUUGGGACGAUACAGGAGGUUUUGGGGUUAUUGAAGACUCUGAACAGCUUUAUACUCAUCAGUUCUGGUUCCUGUUGCUGGGACGUCGACUACUAGCUUCCCAGAAGAGUUCAACAUUUUAAGAAAUACUGUUAAACUGCUGCUUUCAGUCUGUAUGCUAAGCUAGGCUAACCACGUUCUGACUCCAGCUCUGUACUCAGAGAUUCAUCAGAAAGAAAGAGACUAUUUCCAAAUGUGUCAAACUUUACCUUUAAGCCAAAAUGUGAGGAGGAUGGGUUUCAGUUGAGGAUCGCAGUGACGACAGACUGACCAAAGACUUCCUGGUGUCCUCCGUGGGACUGAAUCCAGCUGAGGGAACCAGUCUCUGAUGAGCUCAUCAGGGUGAUUUGUUGUUUUCUUUCUCACUUGUUGGGCAACUUCUCCUCAGCGGCGUUGCUCUGAGAUCUGCUGUCAGGAAAUAAUAACCUGUGUGAGUAUCACAAAGCUGAAGAGACGAAUGUUAAACUGUGAACACUAGAAAUAAAAACUAAAACCUCUGGA